GAAAGACUUUAGUGGAGACUGGUUAGCAGGAGAGAUCCUGACUUACCUGCUGGUAUAGGUGAGCCCUUGUCCACAGAAGCUACUGUACACAACAAUUCUUCUGGACAUUUCUGAUUGAAUAUAGCAGCUUGCUGCCUGCAUCACUCCCCAUCCAGAGUUCCCCGUCUUGUGAUUGCCGGGGUUUUACCAGCCUUCUUAAACUUUAUGAAGAUAAAUAGGAAAAAACAACAUUAACUAGAGGGGCUGAAUGGAAAUUUGUCAUCUGAGUAAGAUUUUGGCUUUAUUCUUCUAAAGCUACAGUAGUACGAUAUACUUACUUUAUGAAAACAAUGUGUUGGCUGUCAGAGAAAACUGACCAGAAAUAACUCUGUAAGUGACCAAAUUUUCUUUAAAUGUUAAUUAGGACUGUCAAGAUAAAUUGCAUUUAUCAUGAUUUACUAAAACCCAUAAUUAGCACACUAAGUAUCUGUAAUCGUGAUUAAUCGCAUGUUUUAUUGUCCCUCUGAAACACUUUGGUUCAGCCACUGAGGCAUCUCCCUCUAGCCACAGUGAUAGAAAUCCACCACUGCUCCUUAAUGUCUCAUUUUCCUUAAGAAAAUCUCACAGAUGGCUAAUUGGAAGGGUUAAAAGUCAUCUGCAUCUUGUGAUAUCACAUUUUUACCUUUUUACUGUCUCCCUAUUUCAUUUUCAGUCUAAGUUCUUCAUUCUGUGGUUUCGUUUAUGUCAUUCUCCAGUAUAUCUAUAAAAGCAGUCUGAAUCCACAGUUACCGAUUUUAAGGCAGUAGAAAAAUUCAAAACGACACAAUGAUAAUUUAAAAAGCCAAAUAGUGGAAUUUUCCAGUGUGAUGAACAGGGUAUGAUUAACUCCUGAAAUCCUGUGAUUAGUUUAGUUUAGUUUCUUAUUUAUUUAUCAAGGGACAGUGUGCAAUGACAUUGAUCAUUCAUGCAAAGUAAAUGAAAACAUGGUUGCACCAGAUUUAGCGAGUUGAUCAUUUCCAUCUGUUGUCCCACAUAAAACUGACACAAAACAUAAAAGUCCCAAAAACAAGGGCAGACACCUGACAGGACCACGGCUGAAAAGACAAAGUACAAAAAUAUACCAGUGAUUAUUAUAGAGGACAAUAAAUACAUGCUACUAAGUACAAAAUGUUAAAAAGGUAAUAAAGUAGUCUAAAAUUUUCACGUGUUUUAAAGGCUAAGGCCUAACACACUAGAUAGCCUAAAUAAAACUAUAAAUAGACCCUGUUCUAAAGUGCAGAGCAUUAUCAUAAAAUGGCCAUAGUACAGUAUUAUAAAUACAAAAUUAAUAGCAAUUGUAAUGUUUAACCUAUUGCCAGUAUUAGUUAUAAGCUUUUCCACAGAUCUGGCGCUUUUUGAUGCUUUAUUUUGUAACUUUUGCUUUGAUUUUAGCCGUGGUAGCUUUACAUGCUGUUUUGACAGUAACAAACUUUUACUUUGAAAGCUUCACAGAGGAAGUGGUUUAAAUUAAAACAGUUAAUUGACUGCGGUUAGAAAAGUUAACGGAGCAAACGAGAACAGAGAGAGUAACGGUAAAAGAGGAAAGCUAGCAUCCUCUCUGCAGAUUUGAAGUCUCGGGUGAUUUUGAUGAUUUCUGCAGCUACCGUUUUUUAAUUUUUUUGUAGUUGAAAUAAAACGUGAAAAUCAUCAGUACGAGACUCAUCCUAUCAUUUAGGAGGGAUGUAACAAACUCGAUAUUGUUAUUCCUCUGACGAAGGCCGCAGACUAACCUGUUCAGAUACGCUGAGGCGGAAGGUCGUGGAAGUAGGACUAAGUUGAUUCUCACUUUUAUGAUAAAUAUAUAUGGAGCUUCUUAUUAUCACCUCUGCUAUGAAUCACUAAUUAAGCUGAGUACAUCGUGUUCACUUUUAUCUCGAGUUGGACUCCUGCCCUCUCUCGUGCUAUAAAAUAAACCAGAUCAAUCUCAGCUAUACUAUUUUUCUCUCUGAGAAGGAACCAUGAUACUAUUAAGUGUUAUACUGAGUUUUUCUUUAACAUUGGCUGUUGUUCAAACUCAGCCUGUUAUGGAAAAUUCGUACAUUGCUGCUGUUUAUGAGCACAACUUGAUCCAAAACCCCGACCCUCGCGUCCCUCUGUCCCGGUCUGCUGCCCUUCAGCACAUGCAGAAAAACCUGGACAUCUAUGAGGAGCAGGCUGCCAAGGCCGCUGAGCAGGGUGUCCAAAUCCUGGUGUUUCCAGAGGAUGGCCUUCACGGUUUCAACUUCACCCGUUCAUCCAUCUACAACUACCUGGAGACAAUUCCUGACCCCCAGCAAGAGAGCUGGAACCCCUGCACGGAGCCAGAAAAACACGACAACACUGAGGUUCUACAGAGGUUAAGCUGUAUGGCCCGUCGUAACAACCUCUACCUGGUGGCCAACAUGCCUGACCUGCAGCCCUGUCCUCUGAGCACUGACCCCUCCUCUACUUGUCCCUCUGAUGGACGCUGGCAGUUCAACACCAAUGUGGUUUUCAGGUCAGAUGGCCUCCUGGUGGCACGCUACCAUAAGUACAACCUUUUCCAUGAAGAGUCCUUCAACACGCCACCACAGCCUGAGAUCAUCACAUUUGACACGCCUUUUGCUGGGAAGUUUGGCCUCAUGAUUUGCUUCGACCUCCUCUUCCAUGAUCCUACAAUCACCCUGGUGGAGAAGGGUGUACGGCAGCUCAUCUUCCCCACAGCUUGGCUUAACACCCCUCCUCUCCUCCACUCAGUCCAGUACCAUGGAGCAUUAAGCAAAAUCAACAAUGUCACCCUCCUAGCAGCCAACCUUCGUGUCGACAAAGUAAACAUGGGAGGAAGUGGCAUCUACACACCUUUUUUCUCUACCUACCACUUUGCACAGAGAGGAGAGCCAGAGGAGGGCAAGCUGCUGGUGGCCAGGGUGCCGGUGUUAGACCCUGAGUGGCUGGAGCAGAAGAAGGUCACACAGGAUGAGUCUGGUUUCUGUCAGAGAGAUGGCUGCUCUGAUGCUUCUUCAGGCUCUCCCUUGUCCAACACUUUCACAUCAACCAUGAUCUUUGACCCAUUCACAUUUGUCCUCUUAAAUGAGAUGGAGGGCAAAGCUGAUGUGUGUCAUGGCUCCUUUUGCUGUCACCUGCAGUACAGACAAUAUCCACAUGGUAGCAGCAAAGAGCUGUAUGCAUUGGGAGCAUUUUCUGGAUUGCACACAAAGAGUGGACCCUUAUUCCUGCAGGUUUGUGCACUCGUCCGUUGUGUGGGGUCAGACCCCAGCUCCUGUGGACUUGAUGUAGAAGAAGCAGAGACCAAGAUGGACUUCCUGUUGGAGGGGAAGUUUGGGACCAAAUAUGUGUAUCCAUCAGUUUUGGCUAGCAGGAUGGUUGUGGAGGAUCCAAAACAUUUUGAAAUGGCUGCAGAUGGAAGAGUGAGCAUGAAGCACUCCAACAUGAAAGGUGGGCUGCUCACUGCUUGUCUGUAUGGACGGAUUUAUCAUCUGGACAAGGAUUGAGGUGUGCUGGAAUGCUGUAUGACAGGAGAAUAACAUGUACUUGUACUUUUAAGAACACUGACAUCAGUUUUACUCAGAAACACUUAAUUUAACUAACUCACUUUUUUAAAACUUGUUAUAAACAUAUAUUGAUAAAAAGUUAUUUGUACUGCUUGGCCUAAAAACCUAAAGUACUCGGGUAACUCAAGUUUACUUGUUUAAAACAAAUAAAGUAUUUAGAACUUGUAACUGUUUUCUUUGCACUG